GUUGCAGGUUUCUUCCGGUUCCCUUGUCAGUGGGCGUGGCUCGCGCUGGGCCCUGCGGUUUAGGAGCUGAGCGCGGUGGACGCGGUCAUGCCCCGCUAUUACGAGGACAAGCCGGAGGGCGGCGCGUGCGCGGGCGUGAAGGAGGACCUGGGCGCGUGUCUGCUGCAGUCGGCCUGCGUGCUCCAGGAAGGAAAAUCCCCAAGGCAGUGUUUGAAGGAAGGCUACUGCAGAGCCUUGCAGUAUUCAUUUUUUGAGUGUAAAAGAUCAAUGUUGGAUACCAGAUCAAGGUUCAGAGGAAGAAAGGGAUAUUGAAACCGUUAUGUUGAAAGCAAGAUGAAAAACAACACACAGGAUUUCCUCUGGUCCUUAACACAGAAAAGCCAAACUAGGGCACAGUGUUGCUGCAUCUGUUUGGCAGGACCAGGUUUUCUUCCAGAAAACACUGGAGAAAAUUCUGUUUUAAAAUGAUUCUGUUGUUUGAAAUCAUGUUUAAAAGAUAGGUUUAUUGAACUCUGGGCUGAAAAAUUAAUGUGUUUGGGGAAUUGUCCAAAAGCACAAGGAAUGGAGAUUAUUUUCAAGUACGACUCUUCAAUCAGAUUACACAGUGUGCACAUCCAGGAGGCCACCAAUGUGACUGACAACAAUCAGUGGUGUGGAGACUCUUGCCAGGGCUCUUCCAUCUCUUAGUUACUUUUGUUUCUCAGUUUCAUUUUCAGGCUAGCCCUUUCUACACAAUGGGCCAGUACCAGCCAUAGUCCACAUCCUUAAGACAUGUGGCCCACAAUGAAUGUAAGCUUACCCUCCCAGGGUGCAUAAAUCAAAUGCUACAGAAGGACUCUAGUCUUCACUGGAUCAUUUGCUCUUCCAUCAGAUCCUUAUAAUCUUGGCUGCAUCUGGGUCUUAUGUGCUGUGUAAACUCCCGUCAAAAUCACACUGGAUAAGAGAUGGGCCUCAUCCUUAAUGAAACUGGGAUUUGGAGCAAAGAGAAACAGAUGUUCAUUAUAGACAGCAAAUGCAAAAAACAUGAA